AUGAACCUGCCAGCAAGUGGAAAGAGGUGCUCGAGGAGAAAGCUGCUGGUGCUGCUCUGUAAAAUCUGGGCUUUGAAGGAAACUGCAGUGUUGGGUGGAAAAUCUGAAGUUGCUAAAAUGGAAAGGAAGAGGAAGCCUCAAAGCUCCACAGCAGGGAAAAAUCUCUGCAGAAACCUGGUCAUUGAUGCUGAGACAGCAGGAGCCCUGCUCAGCUCAAAAAGGAAGCAUGAUGAUGAUGACUCUGCAGACGGAGAUGCUGAGGGGAGCAGACGGCUGAGGAGCAGCUGGAGGCAGCGUGGUGUGAAGGCCCAUGGGGGCUUCAGCCGUGAAGCCGGGGAGAAGCUGCUGCUGGCGGCGGGCAGGGACGGCAGUUACCUCCUGCGGGACAGCCAGAGCAUCCCGGGCGUCUACUGCCUCUGCGUGCUGCACCAGGGUUAUGUCUAUACCUACCGAGUGUCCAAGACAGAAUCUGGGUCCUGGAGUGCUGAGACGGCGCCCGGGGUCCACCAGAGGCUCUUUAGGAAAGUGCACAACCUUAUUUCAGCCUUCCAGAAACCCAACCAAGGCAUCGUCACACCCCUGCAGCACCCAGUUGUCAACCACGCGAAAGCCAAAUACCCACCAGGGAGAGCUGAAGGCCAUGACUUCCACCUGCAGCCAUCAUGA